AUGUCCCCCAUGACAGAGAGUCCGCUUCCCAAUAAUUUAUACAGUUUUACCGUUUGGCGUAACUUCACUCAUUUUACAGUGAGCCCCACCGGACAGAGCCCAUUCAUGGAGGUGGACGGGAAGAAGAUUGGUCAGAGUUUGGCUAUGGCGCGUUAUGUGGCUCGAGAACACGGGCUUUAUGGGAAUAGUACCAUGGAGGGUGCCAUGAUCGACCAAGUCCUUUACACUUUAGAGGAUAUGACCAAGUCUCUUAUCGACUGGCAUUUUGAGCAAGAUGAAGCAAAGAAGGCAGAGAAAGAAAAGAAGCUAAAUGAUGAAACACUGCCUGGAUUCAUGCAACUCCUUAAUAAACUUUUAAAAAGCAACGAUGGCGGCAAAGGAUACUUUGCAGGAGACAAGCUCUCCAUUGCCGAUCUAGCAGUCUUCGAUCAAUGUUCAGGGAUGGUGGUUAAGUUCCCCAAAUGCAUGGCAAAUUGCGACGAAUUGCAAGCAUUCCUUGGCCGCAUUAAAGCUCUCCCAAAGAUAGCUGAUUGGUUAGCGAAGAGACCGCAAACGGAGUUUUGAAUUCCAUUGUCACUUGUGACCAACUCGUUGCCUCACAAACUGUUCUGUUAGGUUUUGGGCCACAACCCACAUUUCGGAAAAUUAUAACCAAAAAGGGGGAAAAUGCUGAUAGCGAUUUUCUAUUUUACUAAAAUCUGACCCCUGUGGAAAAUGGGGCGUGGUAUGGCAAUGAAUCGCAUAACAUUAUCUACCUUCCAACUUAACCAACCAUAGUUAAAGGAUUAGGACUUUUCCUUCUUAAUCCGUGGAGUGUAAAGAUUUAGACAAUUUAGCUUUUUGCUUAAUAAAAAGGGAAGUGGAAUUGCCUAUUUAAAGAAAAAAUUCAUAUUGCAGUCCUGCUAAAAUGAUGGCACGUUACUUAAGUUACAGACACAAUGAAUUGUCAUCUUAAGUUGUUGUCCCAACAAUUUAAAAGCUGAUACAAAACUAUUCAUAAAGCUGACUGUAGCAAUGGAAAACAAUAUCCAAGUGGAAGAAAUCGAACAAAUAUCAUGAGUGGGGUACAAGGCUGUUAAAGGCAUAUAUAUAUAAUAAAUCGGAGAAAAAUAAUAGGCUACGUGUACUGGCGUUUGCAGUUGCAAGUUUGUGCAGCACAUUUAAAGAGGGGGCGGUGCCUCGUCAUAUAGCUUUAAAAGAGGUGGGCAAGUUGUGUAGAUAAAGUGUUCUUCUUUGUCAAACGCAACUUUUUGGCCUUCAACCGCAAGCACGUCAUAGCUGAAGUAAGGAUUCUUUCCAUUUUCUAAACACUCCUUAAUGAAUGAGUACAUUUACUUCGUGCUCUUGAACCCCUAUGAAACACUAUGAGGAACUGCAACUCCAACUAUCCGAAUAACUUCUUAAAACAUUAUUUACUUAGAUGUCUUUGACGAUCGAUCAAUGCAUUCUUAAAAUAUAAAAUGACUUCUGAAUGAAUUCAUAUGUUAAUAUUUA